UUGAGGAAUCUGGAGGACAACUCCAGAGCGAGACUCUUUUUUGACCAAACAUGGCCCGAUGGGGCGUGCAUGGGGGCUUCUGUGGGCGUGCAUGUGCAGCCUUUGAGGAAAUGACUACAUCAAGCGAUAACAAUUUGGAGCCCGUAGAUCGUGUCCUUGUCUCUAGCACCUACACAAGUCCAGCUUCACCUCUGUGACGUCUUAGCAUGCCUUUGAUUGUGUUUGCCACUUCUCAGCUGCUGUAUGUGCGAGUCGUCGCCCUGCUGUUCAGCUGUGUGGCGUUCAGCGUCGCCGCCCAUGGCGCCUCGCUUCCUCAAGGCGGCAUGGCCGCUUGGUGCAUCUUCUGCUGGGCCUUCAGCUUUGCUGCCACUGCUGUGGUUCUGCUGGUGGAGCUGUUGGGCCUGCAGGGACGCGUCCCUGUGUCCUGGUCCAACUUCCCUAUAACCAUGGCCUGCUACGCCGUCCUCCUCUGCCUCUCGGCUUCUGUCAUCUUCCCGCUCUACUUCCGGACGGAGCGCAGCAACUACGAGAUACGUGACCACCGCAUUGCCUCCACUGUCUUCUCCUGUCUGGCGACGGUAGCUUACAUGGGCGAGGUGAGCCUGACGAAAGCACGACCCGGCGAGGUGACAAGUUUCAUGGCGACGACGCCGGGCUUGUUGAAAGUAUGCCAGACAUUUGUGGCGUGCAUCAUCUUCAUCCUGGUCAGCGAUCCUGUGGCGUACGAGCGGCACGCGGCGCUCCAGUGGUGCAUGGCGGUAUACUGCAUCUGCUUCAUCUUCUCCAUGGUCGUGGUGCUGAUGUGUGUGGCCGAGUGCACCGGUUGGCUACCAGUUCCCUUCUCCCGUUUUCUGUCGGCGUGCAGCCUCUUGGCGGCCAUCAUGUACCUGACAGCCACUAUCAUCUGGCCCGUCUUCCAGUUUAGCGAGCGCUACCGGGUCCGAAGGGAUGCAGAGUCAAACAUGAUUGUCGUGGCUGUCCUCACUGCCCUCAACUUCCUGCUUUACCUCGCCGACCUGGCGUACACAGCUAGACUGCAGUUCGUCAGCAGCUAAUGGGUCACGUGACCUUCACCGAUGUUCUUUAUUUUUAUUUUUUUACAUUGUCUGAGCAUGUAAGCAAAGCACAUGACCUAUGACACAAAGUUGCGACUUUGAGUCACUAAUAAAAUCAAAACAGAGGACA